CGACAUAUUUGAAUAAAGGAGGAAAGAGUCAUGACAACUCAUAUAAAGAUAUUUGUUUAUGAAUCGAUUUUAGUCUCUUUCUUUUUGCUUUCAAAGAUGAACAAACGACCGUUAAAUGAUGCUGCAUUUAGUAUUCAAGGUGUUAAUCCAGGUUUAAAUACCCGAGAAGAAUUAACUACAAAUUCAUCUCAACAAACAGCCGGAAGAAUUAUAUGUGAAAGACAACAGCUGUUAGCAUGUCCUUAUUUACAAAAUAAUGAACAAAUAAAAUUACUUAAUUUACAAAAAAAUUGUAUUGUUAAAAUAACAAAUCUUGAUCAUUUAACAAGUCUCGUUGUACUUGAUUUAUGUGAAAAUGAAAUUGAUUGUAUACAAGGUUUAGAUAAUUUAAGUUUAUUACGAAUUCUUCGAUUAGCCAAUAAUAAAAUAAAACAAAUUAAAAAUCUUGAUUCACUUACACAACUUGAUGUAUUGGAUUUAAAUGGAAAUCAAAUUUCUCGAAUUGAAAAUUGUAAACAUUUAAUACGUUUACGUGUUCUUAAUUUAGCAAAUAAUCGAAUAGAAAAAUGUGAAAAUUUACGACAUUUACAAAAUCUUGUUGAACUUAAUCUUCAAGGAAAUCUUAUUACUUCUGUGAGUGAUCUUGAAAAAUUACCAAUUCAAAGAUUAUUUCUAAAUUUUAAUAAAAUUCGAAAAUAUGAAGAUAUGCGUUGUAUAUCAAAACUUACGACACUUAAAUUAUUAUCACUUGAAGGCAAUCCAUUACCAUUUCCAUCUUCUUAUGAACAAAUUAUUCUAUCUCAAACUGAUCCUUCCUCUCCAAUGAAACAAGAUUCUCGUCAACCAAUGAAUAUAGAUAAUCGUAUCAAUCGAAUUAUGCGAUUACAACAGAAUAAUUUAAAUCCUGAAACAACAAAUAAAUAUCGUGAUCGACGUGCUCUUGAUGUUAUUUCAAAUCAACAAGAUUCUAUGAGUGAACGAAGUGAUACGGAUAUUGAUUCUGGCAGAAAUAUUCCACCACCGAUUCUCAAUCGAACAUCAUCAGUUACACAACAAAAACCUGCAAUAAAAUUAAUACAAGAAAUGAGUAGUCCAAUACCUCCUCCUGUUGAAACAAAAUUAAAUUCAAUAUUCAAUGAAACAAAACUUAAUCCAAUUAUUAAUGAACGAUCGAUAUUAGCAAAAAGUUUAGUACAAUCAGCAAUUGAUGAUGCUUUUCGAAAAGAAUCAACAAUACUUCAAUUAGAACGUUACUGGCCAUUAUUAUUAACACAAUUUCUAACGGAUAAAAACGAACUGGAAUAA